AGAAAAAGCCACGUUUGAAUUUGCGUAACCGAACUUUGUUUCAUGUCACAGGUCAUAUAAACCUAUGUAAACAGGAAAAUCGUGGAAGACUUUGGUCGCAUCUAACUACAGCCCUGAAACUUACCGUUGGCCAUGCUGAGUCUAGCUACAAAUGCUAACAGGAGUGACAGCGCGUCUGACUGACUGGGAGGUCGCACAACGCUCGGAGAGGCGGCACCUUGACGAACGAUGUACACGAGGCACCCGGUUAGUGCUUUAUAAACGCUGUGAGCACCGGGAACAGGACUAGCUUUCCAGACCUGCAGGGUAUCUCAACUCCAGGACUCUUCUCAGCUCUUAGACUUAGACAAAUCAAAUAAACUCCAACAUGAACGGCCACUGCAACGUUAAUGUCAAUGACACCGUGGAGGAGUUCCACUGCAACAGCUUCAGCGACCUCAUCAUCGACAGCAAGAAGUCCGUCGUGCAUCGCAAGCACGACACGUCCCGCAAAAAUGAAGAGGACCAGUCCCGCUUACCUACGCUCGAGGCCGCCUACACGAGCAUCCUCCGGGAGCUCGGGGAGGACACAGACCGGCAGGGGCUGCUGCGCACGCCGUUGCGCGCCGCCAAGGCCAUGCAGUUCCUCACCAAGGGCUACCACGAGACCAUCGAAGACAUCUUAAACAACGCCAUAUUUGACGAAGACCAUGAUGAGAUGGUGAUUGUGAAGAACAUUGAUGUGUUUUCACUGUGCGAACAUCACCUGGUGCCAUUUUUUGGCAAGGUUCACAUCGGGUACAUUCCCAACAAAAAAGUGGUGGGACUGAGCAAGCUGGCAAGGAUUGUAGAGAUCUUCAGUCGUAGGCUUCAAGUUCAAGAGCGUCUUACCAAGCAGAUUGCUGUGGGAAUAUCAGAGGCUCUGCAGCCAAAAGGUGUAGCUGUGGUUAUUGAAGCAUCGCACAUGUGUAUGGUCAUGCGUGGUGUGCAGAAGAUGAACAGCUGCACAGUGACGAGCACCAUGUUGGGGGUUUACCUGGAGGACCCCAAAACCCGAGAAGAAUUCCUGACUCUUUCACGAAGCGCCUAACAGAUGUCAUUCACUCCUGUGCCUUUGUAAAUCACAGAAAGCUCUAGAGUGUCUUUGGAUUCUAAUCUGACUUUUUUUUCCAAAGGUACACAUGACUAGCAGGAAAUUUAAGCUGCGGUUUGAUGCAGGAUCCUAGCCCACUCUGGAGCUUGCCUCUUUAAACUGCCGUCUGAUAGAUUUCAGUCCUGCUGCAGAAAUCCCUCACUGUGAACAUAAUAGGAAAUGUAAGACUCACAUUCUUGGUGCCUUUGGUAGAUAUUUUACAGUCUUAAAUGGCAAUAUUGUUAUUAAGUAUGAAACUCGAUGUGUUAACAUGUCAAUUGUUAAAAUGUUAUCUGUUUUUCAUUGGAAAUAUCAUUGAUGCUUUAGCUGUUACUCGUACACCCUUUCUUGCUUUAUUAUUAUAUUUAGAAAUUGUUGAUUUUAAAAUGCAAUGACUGUGUCAUUUAUCGAUACAUUUGUAAAGUCUUUGUAAUUUAUAACAUUUCUAAGAUACUAAUUAUUAGAUCUGCUGUCCAAAGUGUACAACAAAUGAUGCGCUGAAAGAAAAGAAUGACGACUGUUGCAUGUAUUUUAAAGAUUCUUUGCUCUAAUAAAAUGAAGAAAACAUUUCUAAAGUUUUCGGCAUUACUUUGUAUGUGUCAAUAAAAGAGAGAGCUGUCCACAAGGA